UGUGGGUGUCUGUUGUUGGUGGGGGUCCGCGCCGGAAGUGGGACAGGAAGGGAAAUGUGGAGUCUGCGGCCGCGCCCGUCGCCGCGCCGCGUUGUUGUUAGAAAGCGGGCCAGGCGCCGUCCCUGCCGCUCCUCGUUCUUCUCCCCUGCUCCCGAUGGGCCCGGCGGUCGGAUUUAGGGAGCCGAGGGCCGGUUGCUGCAGAUGCGGCCGAGCCUCGUGUUUUCAGAAACAACAAAUAUGUCAUCUGAAAUGCUGCCAGCAACUCUCGAGACUCCUAACAUGGAGAGAAAGCCAGGUGUGAGCGAAGAGGAAGGGCAGAAGCCAAGACUAGACGCGGGGACUGAGCCAAUAUCUAAACGACAGAUGAAGAAGCUGCUGAAGCAGAAGCAGUGGGAAGAGCAGCGAGAACUGCGCAAGGAAAAACGAAAAGAAAAGCGCAAGAGAAAGAAAUUAGAACGGCAGGGCCAGCUGGAAUCCGGCUCAGAUGGAAGCGACAGGAAACGCAUUCGAAGAAAUGUCGUUCACAGCAGCCUCCGCCUUAUCAUUGACUGUAGCUUUGAUGAUUUGAUGGUGUUAAAGGAUAUUAAGAAGCUUCAUAAGCAGAUUCAACGUUGCUAUGCAGAAAACCGACGAGCAUCACAUCCUGUGCAGUUUUAUUUGACAAGCCAUGGAGGUCAACUGAAGAAGAACAUGAAUGAAAACGACAAAGGAUGGGUCAACUGGAAGGAUAUCCACAUCAAACCAGAGCACUAUAGUGAACUCAUAAAGAAAGAAGACCUGGUUUAUCUGACGUCAGACUCUCCUAAUGUCCUGAAGGACUUAGAUGAGUCAAAGGCCUAUGUGAUCGGAGGGUUAGUGGACCACAACCACCACAAGGGACUCACGUUUAAACAAGCGUCCAGUUACGGGAUUGAACAUGCCCAGCUGCCUCUGGCUGACUUUGUGAAGAUGAACAGUCGGAAGGUCCUGGCAGUCAACCAUGUGUUUGAAAUUAUCCUGGAGUUCUUGGAAACAAGAGACUGGCAAGAGGCAUUUUUUACAAUCUUACCCCGGCGGAAAGGAGCUGUUCCUGCACACAAAGGCUGUGAAAGCUCUCCUCAGGACCAGCAGCCCCGGCCAGAAGGAUGGGACAGUUCCAGCGAGGGAGAGUAUUGCGGGAAUGACCCCGACUCACCACAGAAGGAAGAGCAGGGCCAGCAGGGCCAGCAGAGCAGCCCAGUGUCCUCAGUGAGUCCUGUCCCACAGUGACCAGCCUUCCCUUGCUGUCUACACAUUAGGAGAACUCAGAGAGGGUGGUACCACCAAAUUCUCAGACCACAAGAAAAUCCAUUUUCUCUCAUCACUGUUGUGGAAUUUGAAAUCUUGUCAAGAGUCAACGAUAAUGAACACUCUAAACACCAAGAAAGGAUUGUUUGGUUUUCUGUGAGAAGACUUAAAGGUAUCAUUUCAAAGUUGUUUUAAGCCUCAAAUCAGAGUCAUGGAGAAUGUUACCGUAGUCUUAGGUGUUUAUUCUCCUUCAUUUGCUGGAGCAUCUUCUUCAGAACGUGCCUUCUGACCUUCAGCUUUGUUCGUUUAUGUUCCCAUCAGUGACUGUUUGUCUGAUUCUAUUGGAGCAGAUUUCAUGCGCAUUCUGUGUGUCUACUACAAUGUUGAACUCGGAAGGCUGCCCUUCUGUCUGUAACUUUUGUGUUCAGUAUAGUUCUUUCUAAGAAAUAAGUUAAUUCUAAGAGAAAUACCAGUUGUUUGCUGGUCUCAGUAAUUCAUUCAUUUUGGAUAGUGGAACCCAUUCUUGUGCCUCCCUUGUGAUGCUUUCUCAUACUUCUGAAAUAAUCACAAGAAUAAUCUUACAUCCCUUAGUGACAGUAAUUAAUUCAGUUACAAAAUUAAAUUUUUUAUGACUAGAUUAUUUUACAAUAUUAUUUUUGAAGGAUCAAUUUGUCUUUACCCCAGUUUAAAGCAAAAAGUAAUAUCUUUUCUUUCUAUAUAUUUUUCAUGUAAAUAACAUAUAUCUCUCUAUAUGUUAGCUUUUAAUGUGAAUAUUGUGUAUCUGCCUCCUACUAUACUAUCCUAACUAAUGUAAAUGUGUGUUUCUCUAAACGACAUAAGCUUACAGGAAAAUGUGCACGUUUAGCUCUUGUGUUUUAGUCCACGAUUACAUAUAAUCCAUGUAUCGCUGUGGAAUGGCUGUGGGGAACGCACUAAUGCCCAAAUCCAAAAUUAAACAGGAGUUUGGAAACUGAUGAGGGGGGAGCAGAGGGGAGCUGCCCAGCUUCUGCGUGGUCAUUCCAGAGGAGUGUGCACAAGUGCAAUGGGAGCUCCCAGUUUAUUAUAUAACGUGUAUGUGUGCUGGCGUCACACUUAGGUGCAAGCCUGUGUGGAAGAUUCAGUAGUGAUGUUCACUGUCUCUUUUUGUUGCUUUUUUCUUAGUUAUCUGUUGUAGCUAGUUAUUUCAAAGUCUAUAAACAAUGGAUGUAAAUAUCCACACUACAGUUCUGAGAGAAUAAAGUUCAUGUUGUCACUGUA